CUCAGGUAUUAGGGGAGUAAUCUUUUGAUCUUCUAAGGUGCCUCUCUUUAGAUGCCUGCUGGACAGCUCGGUCUAGGCCUACUAUAAGUAAACAACAAAAUGAGCUCCUGCUUCAUGAAAUUAUGCAGAUUACUUUGUUUAGUGAUGACUUUACCCUUACAUCUGCUCGAGAUCGCAGGUCUGUACGGUAUGUACAAGCGCGUAUUCCCCUUGCUGGCCUAUAACAUAACAUUUUCGUACAACGACAAAAUGAACGAAAUGAAGAGAGAGCUUUUUCGAAACGUAGCUAAAUUUGCAAACACCGAUGGUACUCUUCGGCUGCUGGAGAUCGGCUGUGGCAGCGGAGCAAACUUCAAGUUUUACCCUUACGGAUGCACGGUGAUCUGCACUGACCCCAACCCGCACUUUGAGAAAUACCUGCGGUUGAGCAUGGGCUCAAACACGCACCUGACGUAUGACGAGUUUAUAGUGGCGCGUGGGGAGGACAUGAAGGAAGUAAAGGACGAGUCCGUGGACGUGGUAGUCUGCACCUUGGUACUGUGCUCUGUUAACAACGCGCUGCAGGUGCUGCACGAGGUGCGGCGCGUCCUCAAACCAGGUGGAGGCUUCUUCUUUUUGGAACAUGUCAUCUCUAAUCCCUCCUCUUGGACGUACUUCUUCCAGCAUGUGCUAGAGCCUUUCUGGUAUUAUCUUGGGGACGGGUGCAGGAUUACCAGAGAAACAUGGAAGGAACUAGAAGCAGCAGGUUUCUCUGAACUUAACCUGAAACACAUAGAGGCCCCAGAAGUGACUCUGAUGAUAAGACCACAUAUCAUGGGAUACUCCAUAAAAUGACUGGGAAAAAGCAACAACUUGAAGUUGCUUGAUGGGUUUCAUAAAGUAUAUUUGCAUUCAAGCUGUCAGUAAAAGAAAAAAGA